CGGGCAGGCGUGCGCGCGUGUGCAUACAAGGGAGGGGCUGCUAGUCGCUUGGAGAGCGGCUUCUGUUGCCCUGCAAACGGGUCGGGGAGGAGGGUCUCGGGGCUUCCCUUGCGUCUCUCCCAAGUCCGGCCUCGGGGCCGUCACCUUCUUCCCGCUGUAGUGCCGGGGCGCCCAGGAGCCGCUGGGUGCAGAGCCCAGGAGCCGCUGCCCCGUCGCGCCCCCAGCUGAGUGGAGGGGGAUCCGCACCCGCCGUGGAAGAGACUCUCGGGCGGGCGCCGCGGCUCCUGCGAGCUGAUCUCUGCGGCCGAGCCGUCGGGGAUGGCGACGCCAGGGCAGGAGGGCCUGGCUGGGCCGUGGGACUGGAGCUGCCCGGCCACCCGGACCCGCCUGGAGGACCUCUAUUUCCCGGGCCAGAGCGGCGGAGAGAGGAGCGAGUUCUGGGCCUUUUUCCAUCGCCUCCAGCGCUUCCAGAGCCUGCAGCCCCCGAAGCGGGGAGACGUCGUCGUCGUCCGGGAGGCGAUGCCCGAGCCUGGCCUAGGCGCCGCGGGGCUGCCCCAGGAGUAUGACCCCCGGUACCGCUCCAGCCUGUGGGUGCCGGAGCGAAAGGCGCCCGGCGUGGCUCCGGGGCAGGCGCGUGAGUUCCGCCGGGCCCUGCUCCACUUCUGGGACUUCCGCCAGAAGCAGAGCUUUGCCCGCCUGGCGAAGCUCCAGCGGGAGCGGGCGGCCUUGCCCAUGGCUCGCUACAGGGACCAGCUGAUUGCCGCCGUGGCAAGCAGCCAGGUAGUGGUGGUAGCCGGCGACACCGGCUGCGGGAAGUCCACCCAGGUGCCUCAGUACCUCCUAGCCGCCGGCUACAGCCACGUGGCCUGCACCCAGCCCCGCCGCAUCGCCUGCAUCGCCUUGGCCAAGCGGGUGGCCUAUGAGAGCCUCCAGCAGUACGGAGACCAGGUGGGGUACCAGAUCCGCUUUGAGAGCACGCGCUCGCCAGCCACACGGAUCGUCUUCCUGACGGAAGGGCUGCUCCUGCGCCAGGCCCAGCGGGAGCCCACCCUGCCUGGCUACCACGUGCUGAUUGCUGACGAGGUCCACGAGCGCCACCUCCACGGCGACUUCCUCCUGGGGGUGCUACGCAAGAUCCUUCCUGCCCGGCCCAGCCUCAAGCUGGUGCUCAUGUCGGCCACCAUCAACAUCCAGCUCUUUGCCGACUACUUUGGUGGCGUGCCCGUGGUACAGGUCCCUGGCCGGCUCUUCCCCAUCACGGUCUUGUACGAGCCUGUCUGCCUGGAGGAGGGUGCCGGUGGGCGUAGGGAGCGGCUGGACGCCCGGCCCUUCUUGCGAGUGCUCCAGGCCAUCGACCACAAAUACCCCCCAGACGAAAGGGGAGACCUGCUCAUCUUCCUCAGCGGUGUGGCUGAGAUCGGGGCUGUGGUGGAGGCUGUGCAGACGUAUGCCCGGCACACCCAGCGCUGGGUGGUUCUUCCUCUCCACAGCACUCUCUCUGUAGCCGAGCAGGAUAAGGUAUUUGAUGUGCCUCCCCCAGGAGUCCGGAAAUGCAUCGUCUCCACCAACAUUGCAGAGACAUCAGUGACCAUUGAUGGGGUUCGGUUCGUGGUGGACUCGGGGAAGGUGAAGGAGUUCAGCUAUGACCCCAAAGCCAAACUGCAGCGAUUGCAGGAGUUCUGGAUCAGCCGAGCCAGUGCUGAGCAACGCAAGGGCCGGGCCGGCCGGUCUGGGCCAGGUGUCUGCUACCGGCUCUACGCGGAGUCAGAUUAUGACGCCUUUGCUCCCUACCCAGUGCCAGAGAUCCAGCGGGUGGCACUCGAUGCCCUGGUGCUGCAGAUGAAGAGCAUGGGGUUGGGGGACCCCCGAGUGUUCCCUUUCCUGGAGCCGCCCCCCCUAGCCAGCCUGGAGACGGCCGUGAACUACCUAAAGCACCAGGGGGCACUGGACCCAGAGGAGAACCUCACGCCCAUUGGGAGCCUCCUGGCCGAGCUGCCUGUUGACGUGGUGGUUGGGAAGAUGUUGGUGCUGGGGACCCUCUUUGGCCUCUCUGCGCCCACCUUGUCCAUUGCGGCUGCUCUCAGCGUGCCUUCUCCGUUCCUGCGCAGCAGCAGCGGCCGCAGCAACCCUGAUUGUGUCACCGCCCGCCAACCCCUGCAGAGUGCCCUGGGAGACCCCCUGACCCUGCUCAACAUCUUUGACGCCUGGGUGCAGGAGAAAUCUGCUCAUGGCGGUGGGUCUCGCCGUUGGUGUCGGCGUCGGGGCCUGGAGGAGCACCGGCUCUACGAGGCAGCCAACCUGCGGCGCCAGUUCCAAGAGCUGCUACGAGACCAUCGGCUGCUGGAACCCGCCGUGCGGCCCAGCGACUCCUACACGCGGCAGAGCCACUAUCGGGCGCACCGGGAACUGCGCCGGCUCAAGCGGGAGCACGAGCAAGGGGAGGGGCGGCGGCGCAAGGUCCUGCGGCUGCGGGAGGAGGAGGAGGAGGCUGACUCUUCCUCGGGAGACGACGGGGGCGCCAAGCAUGGCCUUGACAUCCAGGAUGUGAAAUUCCAGUUGCGGCACAACGUGUCAGAGCUGCAGGCAGCAGCUUCUCUGGCCCAAGCGCUCUCUCCUGGGCAACUCGCUCUCCUGCAGCUGGUGGUGGGUCGUGGCCUCUACCCACAGCUGGCUGUCCCAGACCCCUUCAACAAGACCCGCAAAGACUCGGACCAGAUCUUCCACACGAAGGACAAGGUGGGCGUCGUUCUGCAUCCCGCCAGCGUGUUUGCCACCUCUCCUGAGCUGCUGCAGCAGGCCCAAGGAAGAGGCCCUGAGUGUGGAGCUCAUAGAGAUGCCCAGGAGGGAUUGAGCAGCCGCCAUCAGGUCCUGGCCUUUGUGUCGCUGCUGGAGACGCACAAGCCCUACCUCGUCAGCUGCCUCCGUCUUCCUGCGCUUCAGGCCCUGCUGCUCUUGGCUCGCUCUCUGGACACAAACGCCGACUGCACACGCAUGGUGGCCGAUUCCUGGCUGGAGCUGCAGGUUCCCACGGCGGAGACGGCCCUGCAGCUGCUCCGCACAGCCCUGCGCGUCCGGGGCUCCUGGGAGAAGAUCCUGGACCGGCAGCUGGAGAGCCAAAGCGGCCGAGGCCGGGGGGAGGAGAAGCGGCCCAGUGCCCAUGAGGUGCACCAGCUCACCCAGGAGCUGCUGACGUUCCUGAAGGCCGAGGUGCUGUAUAGCCUACGGCGUAUGAUGCCUCUGGAGCAGCAGAACCUCUACGUGGGGCCUCAGAUGGUGGCCGCGGGAGCAGAGGGGCUGCGUUGCCUCUUCCAGGGGCUGGAGGUGACCCCUAAUGAGGUCAAGGGCGGCUACAACGUUGGCAGCUUCUUGACAUUUAAUUGCCUGGCGGGCACGGAGGGGGAUCUCUAUCGUGAGUGCCUCCGCACCUUCUGGACCUGUCCUCGAUGCGGCCUCUACAUGCCCUUCACCCCUCUGGAGCGCCUGGCCCACGAGGAGGCCUGUCAGGCACUGAGCCAAGAAGGGGAGCCCAGCCUGGAAGGCCCCCCCAAAGGUGCCUUGGUGACCUCUCCUACCAGCUGCACCUUGCAGCGCCUGUACCAUUGUGCUGACUGCCUGCAGGACCUCCUCCUCACGCCCACCGAAAUCUUGCGUCACCGGAAGCAGCACCAGGGCCAGGAGUUGCGGCGGGGAGACUUGAGGGGGCCCCAAUUGCCGUAGUGACGGGCAAAGGAAGGUAUGGCGCUGUGAGAAGGACGUGCCAGGUAAGGGGAACGCGGUCCAGACAUGUUGUGGCUGUGCCUUGUUCCGGUCCUUCCCACACCCGCAAGGUCGUUGGUAGUCCUAUCAGCCAACUCUCAGAUCUCCAGUUGCUGUUAUUAAAUGCCAGAUCGGUAUAUAAUAAAACCUCCCUCGUCCACGAUUUGAUUGUGGAUGAGGCAGCCGAUCUGGCAUGUAUAACCGAGACCUGGGUGGGUGAGCAGGGAGGAGUUGGUCUCUCUCAGCUCUGCCCACCGGGGUACUUGGUUCAGCAUCAUGGUAGAUCUGAGGGUCGGGGAGGUGGGGUUGCUGUCGUCUAUAAGAGUUCUAUCUCACUCACCAAGCACCAUGUUCAUUCAGUUACUGGCCUGGAGUGUUUGCACCUUGUGUUGGGCCAGAGGGACAGGCUGGGAAUCCUUUUGGUGUACCGCCCACCUUGCUGCCCAAUGGCUUCCCUAACUGAGCUGGCGGAAGUGGUCUCGGAUAUAUUGUUGAGGUCCCCCAGACUAAUAGUACUGGGGGAUUUCAACAUUCAUGCCGAGACCACUUUGUCUGGCGCGGCUCAGGACUUCAUGGCUUCCAUGACAGCCAUGGGGCUGUCUCAAUAUGUUAGUGGUCCAACACAUGUAUCGGGGCACACUCUAGACCUUGU